AUUGCGAGAAGGUGGGGGAGUCCGUGAUAAAUGCUCAGAGUAGGGAUCCUGUAGAUGUAUAGAGGAAACAGCUCACGGUUUACCGCUCAGGAUCACACUAAACGUUGCGUCGCCGCUUCAAGUGGAAGGUGCUCGUCUUGCGGUGUUCUCAGCGUCUGUCUCUGAUAUACUAGAAUCCUUGGAUCUGUGACCAUGUGGCGACUGGUUUUCGCGUUGACCUUGCUCGGCGUGGCCUUAAUAACGGCGGUACCUGCGCCGCAACAAUCAAAUCCAGGUGAUCUCGCUAGUCUCAUCGAGGGAGCGUUCCCCAAUACCAAGACGACUCCGCCGUCGGUGCCUCAGAUCGGCGGCGACCUCGACAGCCUCAUCAAAGAUAUAUUCAGUAACGUUACCACCACCACCACCACCUCCAACGGGCUGAUUCUCGGCACGCAAAAUCGGCAGACUCCAAAGCCAGAUAACUGCGAAUGCGUACCCUAUUAUCAGUGCAAGGAGGGCAAAAUCUUGGAGACAGGAGUCGGCAUCAUUGAUAUCAGGUCCGGUUUUGGGAAUAAUGACGGGCAGUCCCAGGGAGGACUUGGGCCGUGUGAGAAUUACUUGGACGUUUGCUGCAAGGCACCAGAUACGUUGGAGAUACCGGUGACGCCACGUCCAAACGAGAGAGUCGGAUGUGGACAACGACAUCCCGAGGGAGUUGGCUUCAGAAUCACCGGUGAUAAAGAUAACGAGGCACAGUUCGGCGAAUUCCCCUGGAUGGUGGCUAUUUUGAAGGAAGAAUCCAUCGGCGCCGACGGACAAAAAUUGAAUGUCUAUCAGUGCGGUGGUGCUCUGAUCCACAGAAAAGCCGUUCUCACUGCGGCUCACUGCGUUAAUGGGAAGCAACCGCAAGAGUUGAAGAUCCGUGCGGGAGAAUGGGACACGAUGACAAAGAGCGAGGUCUUCCCGCAUCAGGACCGCGACGUCGAGACAGUCGUGGUUCACGAAAAGUUCCACUCGGGUGCGCUCUUUAACGAUUAUGCGAUCCUAAUCCUGAAGGAACCAGUAGAAUACGCGGAGAACGUGGACAUCGUGUGCUUACCGGAGACAGGCGCAGUCUUCGACGGAUCCAGAUGCUUCGCCAGCGGAUGGGGCAAAGAUGUGUUCGGCAAAGAAGGACGUUAUCAGGUGAUCCUGAAGAAGGUGGAGCUCCCUAUGGUACCCAACCCAACCUGCCAGACUAUCAUGCGCACUACCAGGCUAGGAAAAUACUUCGUACUAGACAAGAGCUUCGUCUGCGCGGGUGGAGAAUUAGGAAAAGACACUUGCAAGGGUGACGGCGGAAGUCCUCUGGUGUGCCCGCUGAAGAACGACCCGAACAGAUACGUCCAAGCCGGCAUCGUCGCCUGGGGACUUGGCUGCGGUGAGGACGGUACUCCUGGCGUAUACGCCAACGUAGCUAACGGGCGUAGAUGGAUCGACGAGCAGAUAGCUUUCUACAAUCUGGACAACACUGUUUAUCAGUAUAGCUCGUAGAGCUCGACUGAUCAUCGUUCAUCCGAUAUGCUGAUCGACCAGGCGAAUUUUUCCAGAGUCACUUAUCAAAUUGCGCAAAUUGCGCUAAUGUUCUUUCAUCGAAGCGUUUUACGCGGGUAACUCUAGACCAAGAGAGGGAAUGUGAUGUUCGAUCAAUCAUUGCGUUGGCUUAAUACUUUGGAAGAAUAGAAUAAGAUUUAGAGCGAGUCAUUGUAAUGUUAACAUCUCUCUGCACUCCGUGCAUUAAACAGAGCUUAAAAGUGAUCGUAGAUUUAAGUAACGGAAGAUAGCCACAAGGACAGGUAUCGUGAAAAUCAAUGCGUGGCGUUUUAUAAGUGAACAAUACACAUUUUUAUUAAAGAUAAA